AUGACCAGCAAAGCGGCCAGAAGCGGCGGCACCGUGGGAGCAGGAGAGGGUCACGACCACACAGGCACACUCUCGCAGCCUUCCUCGGAGGGCCUGCCGACUCUGAGUACAACAUCGCUCUAUGGGCAAGGCUGGAGCGGUGCUUUCGAUUCAUCACCCAUUUUCGACAUGUCCUACAGCGCGCCUCAGCAGCAGCGAGGCCUGCAAGGUCAAGCUUCGGAUGAGGCCACUUCAUCUUCGACAGCAGCGCCGACCGGUAAUUUUCCUCACUACCAGGCUGCCGACCUCGCUGGGCCAUCGAGCCAUUUCGUCAAUUUUGGCGUGGGUCCACCUUCGUCAGCCUUCGAACAAAGGGACUACGACUUCAACCUGCUUCAACAACCGCCGUCGCGUGAGACGCCACACCAGCAAUCGUCGUCAUCGCAGGUCCACUCCAGUCAGCAACCGCUUCAUUACCAGGCCAGUCACCAGCCGCACGUAUCCCAGCUUCAGCCCAUCUAUACGUCGCCACCUUCUUCCGCCUCUCUUUCAGGUUCAAAUGAUACUCUCCUUCAGAAACAGCAACAACAGCAGCAGCAACCACCGUCGUCGGGCCAGUCUCUUCGAGAGGGAAAAAAGACGCCUCGACCUCCUCGUCUUCACAAGAUCUAUGCUGCCCCAAUCGAGUCGCCACGCUCCCUCGCCGACGUUGCACCGAUACAGACAUUCCUCAGCGUUAUAGCGAUUUACUUUCAGCAUCUAUAUCCUCUUAUGCCGCUCGUCCAUCGGCCAACCUUUGCGUACGACCUGAUUAAUCGAAGAGACGAAAAGGACCAGGCCUUUCUCGCCUUCGUCCUUAGCUUGACUUCUUAUACCCUUGUCCAGGCGCCACGUAGCGUUGUUCCGGAGCCGGUCAACUUCUACAGGAAGCUUCAUCGGAUAUGCCACCUGACUUCAAGGCGCAUGCAGCCUCGCACUUACGAUCCCCCCCUGCUGAUUCAUCUCUGUACACUGUAUUGCGACCACAUCUAUCUGGGGAGCACUCAGAAGAACAAUGCAGCAAAUGCUGUCCUUGGUGAGGCCAUCCGUACCGCAUUUACCGUCGGCAUUACCGACGAACGCAACUACAGCGACGGUGAAUUCACCUUCCGUGAUGGUCUGCCUCGACCCUCGGGCGCCCAAUUUCGACCGCCGCCUGCCGAUGCUAUCGAGCAAGAGCUACGACGAAGGGUGUACUUUCUCAUCUAUGGGAGCGACAAGACGAUUGCCGUGCUUCAAGAUCACCCUACUAGCUUACGAGACGACGAUACAUUCGACGUCCAAGUUCCGCGAGCCGUCGAUGACGACCUCUUGACGCCGGAAGGCGCACAUGAGCAGCCUAUCGCAGAGAGGGGUCCGAGCGUCCUUUGCGGGUUCGAGACCAUCUCUCGCCUCUAUCUACUCCUUUCGGAGCUGCUCGAGAAGCUGCGGGGCGACCGAAAGCGACUUCCUCAAGACCCUGCAACGAUUCAUCAACGGUACAAGUACAUUGACGAGAUGCGACAACGAAUUAAGAUGGUCCUUGAUCGCAUGCCAGAUUGCCUCAAAUCGCCAAACGUCAUCAUCCAGUCGCCCGCCUCGUAUCGUACGACAUCUGAUGCCCUUCCAGAACUCGGUGCUGCUCAUCACAUUAGCGCCAACGGAGGUCACCUCGAAGGCGGUCACGACUUUGGGCUAGCAGGGCCCAGGCGGGUUUUUCAGUACAAUCCUUGGCCCAAUGGGACCUUUAAAGAUAAUGGGCUGCCGAACCCUGAUGUCCGAUCGCAAUCCUCGACGGAUUCAGCUCAUGCCAGCCCUCGAACGAUGAAUGAAAUGGCCUCUGCAUCGACAGGAUCUUACCAAAGUACCCCAGCGCAGCUCCUGAUGGACCUUACCGGCUCGCACGAAGAGGCAACAAACAAAGCCUUUUCCGGUCUAAACGAAGACAAGCCUGCACCGUCAGGGCUCGAAACGGAAGUGGACCCAAACAACAUCUGGCAUCCACAACAGCUGCGGCGUCAGCGCCCGUCAAUGGCCCAACUCAAUGAUGCGGUGCGACAAUUGACCGCGUUCAGGCCGGCACCACCGCCGCACCAGCCUCCGAUCUUGACACCAUUUGCAACCAUGAGGGCCAACAUCCUGAUUACCGAGACAAUGAUUCGCUUCGUCCUCGCAGAAUACCGUGAGCUACUCGAAAGCGCUGCAAAGCAGCUCUCGACCUCCACGGGGCAAGCCAGUUCGCAAAGCAGCGAGGGUGCCGUAAAGGUGGAGAAUGGAUCGCUAGACUGGGAGACCGCAACAGAAGACAUGAUCAACUCCUUGCAGAGCAUGUCGCUCGAGAGUCUCGCCGCGAACGGGCAGUCAAUGAUCUCCAAGAUGAUCCACCUUUCCUCGGCCCUCAUCAAGCGUUUCCCCGCUGGAACGAGGGGUCACGCAUUCUUUUGCGAUCUCAUGAUGAUGUUUACACGCUUGACCGAGAAUCGCAUGGGCGACAGGCGAGAUGGUGGACAAGACGAUGAUGAAGAUGAUGAUGAGGAAGACGACGACGACGGCGGCGAGAAAGCGGUCGCAGACGCCGACGCAGUCCUUGCCGACGGCGGUAGUGUCGGCGAGGAUGAUGACAACGGAAGCGGUGCCGAGACACAAAGGCAGGCACAUCACAUGUAA